AUGUCCGCCCCUCGCCCUGUGUUGCACACCUCUCCACCUCUUCCCGACUCAUCUAGUCCUCUUCCUCACCCAUCACCACCUCAGUCUCCGUCAUCCAUCCCACCAUCGCCUCCAGUCUCGCCAUCCCGCCAGCAUUCGCAACUCCCACCAGGCUCCCCCGGCUGGCUGCAACGGUUCAACACACUCUUGAGUCUCAACUCUCCCAGCUCACCCAAGCCAAAGCCCAGCCUCAAACUCGAGCUCGGUUCCAACGCCAACACACCCAGAGGUCGUAGCAACACGGUAGUGUUCACGGGGAGCCCGACACAGCUGUCCCCUUCAUCACUCAGCUUGGCCAACCCCCCACCUCCGACCGCGGUACCGCACAUCACUCCCGGCGUCGGCCUCGGUAUCUCGAUGGGACCCAAGAAACUCACAAAGCCCGAUGCCCUCAAACCGGCAGCUCCGCCUCCCAGUGCUUCUGCCCCGGCUGUCGCAGCCUCCACGGCGGCCGACCGCCCCAAACUUCGCCGCUCAUCCACCUCGCGCACUGCCGCCGCCGGCGCCGCGCUGCCUCCGCCGCCGCACCCGACCGUGGCCAAGUUCCGCUCACUCGUCCUGAAAAACAGCAAGCUCGUUUCUGCACUUUUGUGGGGACCGUGGGACAAGACUGCGCGCAAGGCGCUGCACGCGUGUGCAGUCAAGGUCGACCCGGAUAUUGUGUUUGACCCGGCAUACACGGCCGUCAUCCAGCGCGAGGCGUCAACCAACGCGAUUUUGGUCAGCGGCGAGAUUGAGCGGUUGCUGGCCAAGCGAGCGGACGAGCUGGACGCUGAGAAUGUGAGUAUACUCUUGGUCAAGGCGGUCGGCGGCAAGUGGGGUGUCAGAUGGAGUGUCAAAUGGCGAUGA